AUGGAAGAGAAAGGUAUCUGCGAUGCAGGUGUUCCAAGAGUUUACUACGAUGCAUUUCAAAUCGCGAUCGCGAACGGGGAUGAGGUAAGAGCAAAGAUCUUUGCUGAGAGAGCAUAUGCUGCCAGGGUGGUUAUUGAGGGUGACGAUAGCCCAGAGACAGCGAAACCAAAAUCUUUGGCCGAGCGACCUUCUCAGCGUCCGCUCUACCAAACCAACAAGCAUUUCCCACCAGACAUCACUCCUCCUCAAGAGAUUGAUGAGCCGAUGUUCGUUGAAUGGCUUUGGAGACAGAACGAGUGGUCUGAGCAACCGGCUGCCUCGAGUGCCAAUGAUCCUUGA